AUGAAAUGGCUCACUGUAAUUGUGUCGAGCGUCUUGGUUGUAAUACUCGCAAUAUUUUUGGGAUUUCGUGCGUUGAAUACACCGAUAAGCCCACCUGUCGCUACAGACGAAUGGUGGGGUCCAUCCAAGGAGGCGCCUGCUAGUUUACCGAACAUCAUCGAUAUAAAUAUCGAGGAAAUGGCUCCUAUUCAAUUCGAGGAAGACAAGCUGGCAGAUUUGAGCUGGCGUUUGACAAAUGCAAGAUAUUUUCGUUCGCUGGAGGAUACAAAUUGGGAAUACGGUAGCAAUGUUAAAGAAUUAGAAAAAAUUAUGAGGUAUAUAUUUAUGCAAAAUUAAAACAGGCCUGUAUUGUCCUUAAAUUUAUGCAAAAUAUUUGUGAUUACUAUCAAUGCAACCUCUGGAUCAAAAUUAAGGGCUGGGGUUAAUCCCCUUGACAAGUAAAAUCAUCUGGCAUUAGAAUAAAAUAAUAAAGUAGGUGUCUGAGACUACCUAUGUAUAAACCCCAUUGUGUGUGAAUUAUUAUAGAAAAAAUAUAUUAUUUUUAGCUCAGUUAUAUAACAUUCCUAUUUUAGGUUUGAUCAAACUUUUAAAUCGAAUAUAUCAUCUCAUAUAUAGUUUAAAUUAGCAUAUUAUAGCCAGAUUGUUCAAAGGUGACAGUCGUACCAAGGGGUACCAGCACAUUAGCAACUUGUACAAAGUUUGUGCCAAUGUGUGCCAGUCACGAAAGCACUACAAAUUUUAAAGAGGUCAAAACAUUGCUAAAGGAUUCAUGACCAAACUCUGGUGAUCCCCAAAAACAAACACCAAAUUUUUUUGCUCCCCCACCAUAUAUAAUGUACACUCCCUUAAUAUAAACAAGUAUGUUUAUGACAUUCAGUAUGUAGUUCAUAAUUUCCAGUCUUCAAUCCGUCCUGACUGUGUAGCUCAGUUGGUAGAGCAUCGUCUAGUCAUUUGAAGGUUGCAGGUUCAAAACCCAGCUGCUGCAUAAUUUUCUGCUUGUGCAGUCCAGAAAUUAUGAAAUAUUUCACUUGAGAAUAUGCAUUUUCUACUCAUAUAUAAUAUAUACAAACUAUAUAUUGCGAUUUUUAAUUUGUGAAAUUGUUGGUCAAAACGGGAAGGCAAUCCCAUUGAGUGGCAACGCUGACUCCCCUUGAAAAUACUGACUCCCCCUAAAAUUGUUGUAUAAUAUACUUCUUAUUUUAGCUAUUGGUUAAAUGAAUUCAAAUGGAAGAAGCAAGAAAAAAUUCUAAACAACUUCAAGCAUUAUAUAGCCACGAUCGACGGCAUUAAAAUACACUAUGUCCAUGCAAAACCUACAACCAAAACUCGCAGAGUCGUGCCGAUCAUGCUUGUCCACGGUUGGCCGGGAUCAUUUUACGAGUUCUAUAAAAUAAUUCCCCUUCUUACAGGAAAAUCAGAGGACAACUUUAGUUUCGAAGUGAUAUGCCCGUCUUUGCCAGGGUAUAUUUUCUCAGAGGCCCCACACAAAUCUGGACUUGACAUACUGCAGAUUGCGAACUUCUUUAAAAAGCUCAUGGCACGCCUUGGGCAUAGCGAGUAUUAUGUUCAAGGCGGGGAUUGGGGAGCCGCUGUUGCAAGAGCUAUGUCACUUAUUGAUACCAGGUCAGUAUCUAAACAGUAG